ACAGUCUCAACACAAGUGGGACAGGGUGACCGAAGGAUUGCAAAGACUUUAUUAUUUUAUUUGAGUUGGACAGAAGAUUUGUUCAUUGAAAGAUUUCCUUUUUAGCAACAUUUUUACCACAGAUAGGAAGAAGAGGAAAGAAGAGAUUUUACAAUGUCCUCGUUUGAGUCCCAGGGCCAGUCUCCUCCUCGGUGUGGUCCACAGUUCCCUACUUUGGGACAGGAGCCUCCAGAGCUCAGCAUGUACAGCGACUGCUACUACCCUCCUCCAUCACUGCCCAGCCCUCAGCGCACCACCCCAACGUCCUAUGAGCUCAGUGACUACACCACCCCCUCUCCGAAUCCUUACCUCUGGUUCAACAACUCUACACCAUCUUACCUGGGCAGCACCGCACCGCCGGGGAACCCAGGGCCUCCCUUUGUCCCGCAGCACUAUGGGAUGCAGAGGCCAUACCUUGGCCCAGCCGGAGCUGGGGGUCCAGGAGGGGAGCUAAGCUGGUUCUCCCUGCCCUCACAAGAAGAUUUAAUGAAGUUAGUGAGACCACCAUACUCCUACUCUGCUCUCAUCGCUAUGGCAAUCCACGGGGCGCCAGAUAAAAGACUAACACUAAGUCAAAUUUAUCAGUAUGUGGCUGAUAAUUUCCCAUUUUACAACAAAAGCAAAGCAGGAUGGCAAAACUCAAUAAGACACAACCUGUCGCUCAAUGACUGCUUCAAGAAAGUGCCAAGAGAUGAAGAUGACCCAGGCAAAGGAAACUACUGGACACUUGACCCCAACUGUGAAAAGAUGUUUGACAAUGGCAACUUCCGCCGCAAAAGAAAGAGAAAGUCCGACUCUCUCACCGGAGCAGAGGGCGGAUCUGUGGCUCAAGAUUCAGGCGACAGUGACAGAGGCAGUCCCAAGCACCCAGGCAGCUCAUCUCUCACCCUCUCCCCUCCAUCUGACCGAAUACCCUCCCCCACUGCAUCCACAUCUACCCCUUGCCUCAGCAGUUUCUUGACAGAGAUGUCUGGGGUAAGCACGACAGCAGGAGAACUUGGAGGUGAUGGUUUGACGAGGCCUUUACCGAUCAGCCUGCCUAGUUUAGAUAUUUCGCAUAGGCCGUCAAGUUUCGGUAGCUUCUCGCCCAAUUCUGGCAGUACAGAUUGGGUUCCACAAGUGCCGCCUCCAUCCUCAGUGCUUUCUUCUUCACCCACUCACUCAGCACUGGGAUACACAAGCCCCAUACUAAGCCAGUACAGUGGUACCAGUGGGCAUUUCUACCCGGGACUCAGCUCAACUGGCAUCAUCUAUCAGAGAAGGCACUGAAGUUUGAAAUGCAAAUCAACUUCAAAACUUUGGCCUAUUUCUGGUAUCCAUAGCAACAUCACUUUGCAUCCUAAUUGUCUUUGACAAAACCCUUAUACAGAUUUGGGGUUAGCCCAAAGAUUACAAUAUUUCUCUCUUGUCCAUUUGUUGUAAUUAUGAAAUUGUUAUAUUUAACUUUUUUUUUAAGGUGCCCUCCUGUUUUCUUUACACUGAAGGGUACACAAGAGAUCACUACUACAGCGUGACUACAAAGAGUAAAUAGACUUUGAUUCCCACAGGAACUGCUGACUCAGCCACACUGCGCUCUGGCUAGGUCUCUGAAAAAAAACAUACUCAGCUAUCACUAUCUGAUCCCCAGUCAGCUUUUAUCCCAACUAAAGCCACUCUAUCAGAUCUGACUCAUUAUUAACACACACACAAGAUCAGGUCUGCUGACAUGCGGUCCUUUUACACUGUUACCUGCUAUUGUUCUUGAUGCUAUCACUAAGUCAACAAUAGCAUAUGUCAUUACAAGCUGGUCAAUUACAAUGUGUGUAUCUAAUAUGCAUUGGAUCAACAAUAUAGACUUUCACUUUGAGCAGUGUAGAGACUUGUAAUAUGUUUUAUUCCUUUGUUCAGUUGUUUUUAAUUAUUGUUUGUAUUAUUGUAUGUUUGGUAAUGAUAUCUACAAAGGUUGGUUUGGUUCUGUUCUUAUUAAUGUAUACUUUAUAUGUCUGGUUGUCUGUUUUUGAUAUGAAUAA